CCCCUUCCCCUCCCAUCCUUUUUUUUUUUUUUUACUUGGUACUUCCUUCCACCAGACCACGAUAAUGUCACAAAAGCCAACGCAAAUCACAAUGCUCCAGCUCUACAGCCUGCUGGUCCUCACCGCGUCCGUCGCCGGCGCCUCGCUGGCCGAGAUAGUCUUCCGCUGCCCGGCGUGCACCGCGGAGCGCCUGGCUCUCUGUCCGUGGCUCAGCGACCCUUGCGCGGAAAUCGUGCGCGAGCCGGGCUGCGGGUGCUGCCCGGUGUGCGCCCGGCAGGAGGGUGAGACGUGCGGCGUGUACACCCCGAGGUGUGCCGCCGGCUUGCGAUGCUACCCGACGCCCGAUUCGGAGCUCCCGUUGGAGCAACUGAUGCAGGGCCAAGGCCUGUGCCGGCAAACGGUCGACACCGACAUCACGAUCCAGGAGCACCGGGAGCAGACCAGCGGUGAGGCCUCGGAAGUGUUCUUCGAGUCAGGCCUGGGUGACGUCCGCUUACCCAGUAAGGAAACCACUUGGAUGGGGCAGAAGGAGAGUGCUGUGCGACACCAUCGUCAAGAGAUGAUGACAAAGAUGAAAAGCAACAAGGUGGAAGAGCUUAAACCGACUCGACCCAAACAGACUCCGUGUCAGCAGGAACUGGACCAGGUGCUGGAGAGGAUCUCCAAGAUGCCCUUCAGAGAUAAUCGAGGUCCCCUGGAGGACCUUUAUGCCCUGCAUAUCCCUAACUGCGACAGGAGAGGGCAGUAUAACCUCAAACAGUGCAAGAUGUCUCUUUAUGGUCAGAGGGGAGAGUGCUGGUGCGUAAGCCCCCACAACGGUCAAACCAUCUUAGCAGCCCCCAUUGUGCGGGGUAACCCCAACUGCAGCCAGUACCUUUCGGAGCUGGAGCUGGAGAUGGCCAACAUGGAGCAGAUAUAAUGAAAAUAAACAAAAAGCAACUGUGAAGCAUAUGGGAACAAACAACGAAAAUGAGUAAGUGAGGUGAACUCGGAAACAGCAUAAUGUUAAACUUAACAUGAAAUUAAAAAAAAAAAGAUUUGCAGGUUCAAAGGGCUUCUUUAGUUUUAUUUUGUGUCUUUAAGCUAUACAGCCGUGCAUCGAGAUACUAAUUUGUUUUGUGACCAUGUUUGUAACUCUCAACACUUGUAUCUCAUAUCAUCUGAAUCCAUUGGAAUGAAUGUAAGUGCCCCCCGCACCCCCCAAAAAAACACA